CGUUUCCUUAAGAAACAUUGUUGAUUAAAACGAAUUUGAGUGCACACGAGAAUACGUUCCGUAAUCAUGAAGCUGUUCGCUAUCCUCGCUAUCUUUGUCGUACUGGCUUGCACCUCAGUUAGUACACUACCGGCUAUCUACGACGGACCUACUUAUGAACUGGUUACCACCAAGGAUCCAGUGGACGACGAGAUACCGUCGGACCUGUCGCUCAUCCGGAACCGGCGCGCGACCUGCGACCUUCUGUCCUGGCAGUCCAAGUGGCUGACUAUCAACCACGCUGCUUGCGCAACCCAUUGCGUGCUGCGAGGUAAAAAAGGUGGUUACUGUCGCAACGGUAUCUGCGUCUGCAGGAAGUAAGCGUCGUGCUCGCCCUCGAAUCGUUCAACUCUUGGCCAACGCAAUGUCCCAUGGAUCUCGCUGUCACUCAUUGUCCCAAUAUGUAUUCACUACGUUGAUGAACGCCGUUGCAUUGUAAUCCAAAUUAAUAUUCAUAGGAGAUUACGAAGGGACGCGAUUUAAUCAUCCGAUCGAUAAUUCCGGCCUCGAUUGUCCGUCCCGCCGAGCGAAUUUUCACCGAAACGGAUAACGUUAUUAUUAACGAUAAUUAUUUUAAUCGCUCCCGCGCGUCACUAUCGAGCGUGUUAAUAAGAAUAACAGUUCUUGUUCGCGUCAGCGUUGCGAUGGGAGUUUCCCGGGAAAUUGA